UUCUCCCAGUAUCGCAACGUUUGUGCUUCUCCAUCCCUCUCUAUAAUUGAAGUACUACUUUACUACUAGAAGGAAAAAGUUGAGGAUCAUCUGAUUUUUGGCCUCUCGAUCGAGAGUUCUUCAAUUAUCUCUCAUGGCUGAAGUUGCUGCAGCUUUCAUCCAACCUGUCUGUGAAAUUGGGAGGUGCUUAUGGGCUCCCAUUGCUAGACGCAUCAAUUAUGCUAGAAAAUUGACAAUCAAUUGGGAAGCUCUCCUUAACAAAGCAUAUGAGUUAGGUAUUAAGAAACAAGAUAUUGUUGACCAAAUCGAAUUCGAGCUGCAAAAAAUUCCAACCAAAGAAUGCGAUGAUUGGAGAAAAAAGGUGGUAGAAAUGGAAAAUAAUGUUGAGACCAUAAAACAAGAGUUCAAUGUUGAGAAGAAAUGUGUUGGGGGAUUAUGUCCAGACAUUUUUGCGCGUAUAAAGCUUGGUGAGCGAAUGGUACAUAUGAUCAAUGACAUUGACCUACUCAUAGAAAAGUCCAAGUUUGAAAAUGGCUUUCUCGUUGAUUCACCACCGGCUAGAGUUGAGAGGAUGCCAGAUCCCGCUUCGACACUGUCAAGUUCUGCACAUGAUACACUGGAUAUGGUACUGAAUAUACUUCGAGAUGAGAGCACUCAAAAGAUUGGUAUUUGGGGAAUGGGAGGAGUAGGCAAGACUACAAUUUUGAAUCUCUUGAACAAUUCGCAAGAAGUCAAAACAUGUUUUGAUUUUGUCAUAUGGGUGACUGUCUCAAACAAUUGGAGCAUUACAAAGCUACAAAAUGAGGUUGGGAGGCGGUUACAAAUAGCAAUAAAUGCUAACGAGUCUAAUGGUCAUACAGUUGCAAGGAAGUUAAUAUUUAAGAGACUUGAAGGCAAGAAGUACCUUUUGCUUUUAGACGAUGUUUGGGAUGAGGUGGAUUUAAGUGUUGUAGGGUUUCCCAAUGCCAAUCAACAAAAUGGUUGUAAAGUAGUUUUGACAACCAGAAAAAAAGAAGUUUGCCGGAAGAUGGGAACAGAUGCUGAAGUACCCGUUUCAAUUUUGUCAAACGAAGAAGCGUGGGAGAUGUUUUCCUCUGGAGUGGGUCACGUUGCAACUCUUUCAACCAUCAAGCCGUAUGCCCAAGAUAUUGUUACAAAAUGUGGUGGCUUGCCACUAGCAUUGAAAGUCGUAUGCGGUGCACUACAGAAAGAAGAAAAUGUGAAUGUAUGGAGAAAUUUCUUAAGAAAAUUAAGGUCACCGGCUACAUCUGUCAUUGAAGACUUGAAUGAAAACGUGUUCAAGGUACUGAAGAUAAGCUAUGACAGGUUAAAGAAUAUUGACGAAAAGAAAUGUCUUUUGUUCUGUGGAUUGUAUCCAGAAGACUCCAUCAUCGAAAAAUCAAGAUUGAUAGGCUAUUGGAAAUCAGAAAGGAUUUUUUCUGGUAAACUUACUUUGGCACAGGCACUUGAUGAGGGAGAAGCUAUAUUGCAAGCUCUUAUAGAUGCAUCUUUGCUGGAAAAAUGCGUCGAAGAUGACUUUGUGAUGAUGCACGAUGUUGUUCGAGACUUGGUAUUGGCAAUGACUUCCCUGCAAGGAGAGGAACCCACACAUCUGGUGAGAGCUGGAAUUUCUUCAGAGAUGAUUCCAGAGGAGGUGGAAUGGAAAAAUGCAACACGAAUAUCCUUUAUGAAUCAUGACUUGCACAGGUUGCCAGAAUCGCCAGACUGCCCGGAGCUUUUGACCUUGUUGCUUCAAGGAAACAAUAAUUUAGAGGUGAUUCCAGAAACAUUCUUUAAUAACAUGCCCAGCCUCCGAGUGUUAGAUCUGUCACACACCCGUAUUAAAUUGUUGCCAACUUCAAUAUCCAAAUUGGGCGGUCUUCGAGAACUAGUCCUUUUAGAUUGCAAAUAUUUGGAGGCUCUCCCCAAAGAGAUAAGCGCACUCAAGGAGCUGGAAGUGCUUUAUGUUGGACCAUCUCACGUAUUCCAUAUGGAAAUGCAAAGUGAAGAGUUAAUCCUUCCUGUUGGGAUGAUAUGUGGGAUUCCUCGUAUUGAAGUAAUUGAACUUACAACUCGACUGAGCGAUGAACGUAUAGAAAUUAUUGCGAAAGAACUGAGCAACUUGGGUUCACUUUCUUCUCUUGUAUUUGACUUCCACAUUGUAGGUAAUUUGCAACACUUUUUGCAAAAUAGCAUACCAUGGAAAGAGAGAAGACUGACGCAGUUCGUAUUCUUAGCUGGGAAAUGUCCACACCAAUUAUACGAACAUUAUCCUUGGUUACUUCAUUGGAGUAAGAAGUGUAAGGGGUUCCUAGGUUAUGAAGGAGGAGGAGAAGAAAGGGAUAGUGGCCUUCCCCCAGCCAUAGAGGAUGUACUUAACCGUUCAAAUGGGUUUCUAUUAAGCAGGCAUGGAAAACUCAAAGUUCUAUCAAAAUUGGGCACGCAAAACACAGAUGAGUUAAGAUUUUGCCGGAUUGAAGAAUGUGUUGCACUCGAAUCAAUAGUCAAUAGAAAUGGGCUUGAAAUGAGUGCUUUUUCUAAUUUAGAAGUUUUGAUUCCGGACAAACUAUCGAAUUUGAAGUCCAUUCUUUGUUUGGAGAUGGAGGGACAAUCAUCAUCACCACCACCACCACUGUUAAAUGUGAACAGCUUUACAAAUCUAACAGAAUUGAGCGUAUGGGGUUGUCCACAAAUUGAGCACCUCUUCUUAAGUGGAUUCAUGCUUCAACAAAUGUCCAACUUGAAACACUUGACUGUCGUCCACUGCCGAGAACUCAAGGGGAUGAUUCCAGGGGGUGAAAAGGUGGACUAUGAGGCUCUACCCAAAUUGUCUUAUUUGUACCUCGGUAAUCUGCCUGAAUUUGUCAACCUUUUUGAAGGUGUUCCCACGUGUUGGCAAUCACUGGAUGAUGUGACAAUAUUGAAUAGAACUCCGAAGCUGAGGAAACUCCCCUUUGACACUAAUAGCGCUCCUAAUUUGAAGGGAAUUAGAUGCAAUGAUCAAGAGUGGUGGGAUGCAUUAGAGUGGAACAACCAUGCCGCCAAAUUACAACUUUUUGAGUGGCCCUGA